UCGCUUCUCCCGUCAACCGCCCGACAUCCACUGUCAUAAUAACGCGUCACCCUCCUCUGAAUUAACUUUGUUUGCAUAUUGUUAUGCGUGACUUCACUUGACACUAAUAAUGUCGGUUGCGAAGCGACGGCCCGGUUGAGUCACAUUCCUUGUGUCGUGUGCCGUGUCUGUCGGCUUAGUACUGUUGGUCGUAUACUCCGUGAAAGCGAGCGGCUGACGCCGCUGGAGCGUUUCAUCGUUGUUUACACGUAAUGAAGCCGCUUUGAUGGGAGCGUAAUCGCUCGCUAACAGAAACAAUGAAAAUUCAGGGGCGGCAUCGCGACAGACGAAUCGCAAUCGUCCGUCCACGUCAGAGGUGCUGGAAUAGAUUCACACACGCCGAGCGUGAAAUUAAAGGAUAAACAAAUGAAGUCGAGAACAGGCGGGAACACAAUGAAGCAGCAGUUCGCCUCAGGAGGUGUCAAGCGGCAGACACGGACGGCGUGACGUGACCUGCGGGUGUCGCACUCGCGCUCGGCGCAUCGCCCCAACUGGGGCAUAUCGAUAAACGUGCCCCACUUACCCGGUUUCGGCGUGGUGCGGCGGCGGGUGGGUGCAUUCGGCGGCGAUGUCGGGCAAGUCGUGCACCUCAGGCAGCGUGCGCUCGUGCGCGGGCUCCGUACGGCUAGGCACGUCCAGCGGCCACGAGGUGGUGCUAGAUGCGCUCUACGAGCGCAAGCGCGACAAGAAGACCGUGCGAGUGCUCACCGUCAUCAUCUAUGUAUUCUGCGUGUCCCUCGCCGCCAUCAUGCUCUCUCUCUACUACGUGUUCUUCUGGGAGCCCAAGGACGCGCAAUAUGCGCAGCGCAAGGUGUCUCACACAGUAGACCAGCAAACCAGCACCACACCAAUGCCCACAUGCUUUAUGCCCCACACCGGAGGAGGCAAUACCUCAAUGAGUGACACCACAUCGUCUACUCCUAACUACACCAGCCUUGAAACCAACGCGCCUGCUGACUCACCUCCCACUUCCACAGAUUUUUCUCCCACCCCUAUGGAUUUUAACCUAACUUGGGCGACGGAGAAUAACACAAUUAUCGACUCUGGGCCCACAUGACAAUGGUUCUCGACUGCACUCGACAAUUUUACUGCACCAGUGUAGUUCACGAGGCCAAUGUUAUCUGUAUUGUAAGAAACAGGUAGCGAACUCGAUAAUCCGACCAUGUAACUUUAAAAUCCAAAUUGAGAUUCAUUAGAUUAUAUACUUAUUUAUUUUUAUCGAAAUAGAACUCUUCUUAAUCAAAUUUAAACAUCAAAACUAAAAUUCGCUCUUAUGUACUUGUUAUUGGCUAUAUUUUUUUAAAUAAUGAAAAUGCAUAGAAUAAUUUCAAACUUUUAAACGCCCCGAAUCCGUGUUACUUUAUGUUACACCAUACCUACCAAGUAUAAUUGAACUCAUUUACGUAUUCACAAAAAAAUCAAAAUGGCCUAAGUUAGAUGCGAUGCUGUUCACACAGCCUGUGAUUAGAUUAAAUAACGUCUACUUCUUGGAACUCCACGUUCAGCUCCGGUCAAUGUGACACAGUACACUAAUUAUAUUUUUGUAACGAGCCAAAGUCAAAUAAUUCUCCUGAUGAUUGCUAAUAUCCAUAACAAGUUUCAGAAGAAAAUACAAGAUUACACCGGUACAGCUAGCAAGCAAAAAGCUAAUCAACCAAUUAGCGAGAAAAACAAAAUGAUUUAUAAUUGAUGUUUUUUUUUUUCAUUGUUGGUUAGUUUUCCAAUCUUUUAAAUUUUUGUAUUGUUGCCGAUUAAUUCGUCGUACACUGUUUUUAGUCGAAUUAAAUAAAAUAAUUUCAAUAACGUGAAGUAAAUCCUGUAAAGAAAUUAAUAUCCAUUAAACAUGUGAAUAUGAACAUGAGUUUAAAUAUCGAGUUCCUACGUACUGCUGCCGCCCUAUUAGAAAUUAAAUUAAAAUGUGAUGCCUAGCACCAACGGCAACACAAGGCUGAAACUAAAACACCAAAGUGUACUGUAGGUUAUAAGUAGAGCAAUUUCUACAGCAUCGAUCUAUUCCUAAUAUAGAUGCCUAAUAGUAUUAAGAUAUGUAGAUUUAUACUUAGUAGAACUAUUUUAAGUAUCUAACACGGAGUAUGAUCUCCCGAUCUCACUUAUUUAUCUGAAGCUAAUGUUAUUUACAAUAUGUAUGUUCAGCAGUCGAAAUAGAUCGUAAAUCAUAUCAACGCUUCUCUAUCGACUCCCACGCAUUAUAAAUAAGUUCCUUGGAAUGCGAACAACUACGUUUUGCAUUUCGUAAAUCUAUUUCAUUUCGAGUAAGUGCAGUCAAACUCAAAUGUCAAAUGAUUUGGACUAGCUGUGAGCCCAUUCGCACUAUUGAAUAUAAAUAAAUAAAUCAAAAUUACUUAAUUGGUAACCAAUUAAUAUUCCAAAAUGGUUAAUAUUAUCAACAUAUAAAGAGCUUACAAUUCAGACCACGAUGAAUUCGUUGAUAUUGAGACAAGGUUGAUUUGGUCAUAUGUACAAACACUUGAAGCACCCGGAACGUGCAGAUAAAAAUCAUUUACCGCUUUGGAUACUAGACAUAUUAAACUUGGUUCGUUUCACUGUUCAGAUCAUCAGAUCAGACGUUGAUUGUACUUACCAAAAUAGAGUUAUGCUAUUUUUACUGCUGACCGUAUCGAAUAUAAAAGCCUUAUUAACUAAGUGUAUUUUAUUGAAAUAGAGAUUGUAUCUAGCUAUUUAAUGAUGAUUGAUUAGUCUAAUGACGUUAGGAUACAAAAAUCACGAAAUCUAAACUUACGGUCACACAGUAGCAAAUUGGUCUUGCGAUGGCGAUUCAAUCGAUCAUACAAUGUAAAUUUUGACAAUUAAAGAUAUAAUGGAAUUUUAGAAAAACUAAUUGAUUGUACUUGUUGUAUUUGUUUAAAUCUUUGCGUAGUUUCACUACAAAAUAUUGUCGUCUUUAAAAAAAGGAAUCAUUAUAUAGCAUUACACAUUGUCGCAUUAAGACGGCUAUCGCCUGUCAGACGAAAACGCUUUAAUGUAGACUUCGGUCGAAUAUAUAUAUGAAAUGGUCCACACAGGUGGACCAGAGAGGUGGUCCACGGGCAAGGAGGGGAAAUAUUUUAUGGAACAACUGCUAUUGUUUGUGAAAGGUGUAACAGGGAUACUUACUUCAUUGUUCGUAUUGAAAGAUAUGGAUACCAUUAUUAUUAUAUUAUCCUUUAAAAGUUAUCAGGUGUAUUAAAUUUCAGGGUGUAUAGAAAUUAACAAAUAACCAACUGCUAUUACUUAUUAUUAAUGCAAAAAUCGAACACAAAGAAAAUUCCUUUGACCUGGCAGGACUCGAACCUAUGUCUGUAUGCCAAACUAGGGCCAAAGCUCUACCACUGAGCUUCAGACCAAGUCAGCAGAUCUUACUAAUUUCUCGAGGUGUUUGUUGCAGAUUUUUUAUAUUAGGUUUUUUCAACUUUUAUCACUGUAUAAUCAAUAUUAUCAACUGCUUCAAGAUUGAAAUGGUGAUGACAGACAGUAGAAUGUGUACAGGGUUAUUUUUAAAAUACUAACAACCUUGUAGGACGACACUUAUUACAUCUGUAUUUGGUAGUAAGGUUGUAAGUUCAAACGUGCAAGCGUCCUCUCAGAUGACUUCCACCCCCGUCUUGGGUUAUGCACAGUAAUCACCGUUUGAGUUCACCGUUCUAUUUAAAUAUUUAUUUUUGUAGGAAAAUAAAAUGGUGCAUGAUAUAGUCUUGCGAGGUUGUUGUUAGCAUUUUUCAUACAACCCUCUAUAUAUAUGAAUUUGUUUCAUUACAAGGAAAUAUAACAAUAUCUAAUAAAAAAUAUAAUAAAUUACAUAUAGUUUUAUUUAAAAUCUCGUGGCGAUUUCGCGCCAUUGUGACCAUAGCUAGUAUUGCUAUAUCAUUAAUUAACACUU